AAUAUUGAGCUACAAGUACAACUGCAAGACAGAGAAGAAAUGGAUAAUGGGGUGGGUCACGAUUUAUACAGGACAUUUGAACAUGUGUUCAGUGACUGCAAAUCAGAAGUUAACCCUAAAACAUACAAAGAUGGUGACAACACUAUUGAGAAAACCCAAUUCGAGUACCUGACUGCUGCCACGUCUUCUGACUCGAGUCUAAAUAAACCAAUCAGUGAGCGUGUAGACAUAAGGACACUGAUCCAGGAAUACGAAAAGAGUAUAGAGGAGCUUCAACUGACCUUGUCAGCAACACGAUCACAGCGAAAAGUCUUAGCGGCAGAUUUAUCAAAAGAGAAAGAUGUGAAGGAGCAACUGAGCAAAGUCCGGACAGCUUUAGCCAACAAGCUCCAGGAUCAAAGCACAAGGAAGGAACCCAAGGACAGCUACAGGCUACAACUGGAAGACAGAGUAAAGAAUGCGAAGAAGCAGGGGAAGGAACUUAGAGGCAGUCUGGGGGCAUUUAUUAACAAGCACUUCCCAAUGCCAACAAAGGAAGUUGUGAGUGAAGCCCGUAAAAAGCUGAGAUCUUCCGACAGAAAAUCAGAAGAAAACUUAGUCUCUCUUAAAUCAAUUUUGGAAGAUUUAGUGAAUAAAUGCAUGGAGGACCCUAAUGAUCCCUACAUUGAUGUUGAUGACAGUAUCUGGCCUCCGUAUGUGGAGCUUUUAUUGAGAUGUCAGAUUGUAACAAGACAUCCAGACAAUAACGCAAAAAUCAAACUUGUUCCCUUUCAUCUGUAGAUAGGAUUUUGUUAUUAACUAGCACUGUAUUUGUAAUACAUUGUCAUUUUAAGUUAUUCAAAAUGAACUGAUUGGCAAAAAACUACAUUAUUGUGGGAAUUUAUGCACUUUUUAAAAGAUUGACUGGAAAAAAAGUUUCUUCUUCAUACACUGCAUUAUUAUGCCAACAGAAUACGUAAAUAAAAACUACUGGUAAAUUUG